AUGGAGGGCCCCUCUGGCAUAUCGGCAGAAUCGGAUCCUCCUACGCCGCCUCCCUCUGAGCGCGCAUCUUCGCCGACCGCGCCCCUCCACGGGCGCACCAGUCCCUUCCACCUGGCCAUUAUGAGGAUCGGUAGUCACCCCGUAUUGAAAGCACUUGCUGGCUUUGUCCUCCUGGGACUUCUCUCCGGCCUAUUGGGAUGGCCAAGGCAGCUGGUUUUCUGGUUGAACCUGGUCGCCUUGGUUCCGCUGAUGGCCAUCAUCACGAUUGCUAUCACCGAGCUGUCCCAUACCCUUGGACCAUUUCUUCACGAGAUCCUGAAAUCUACCCUAGGUAACUCAGUUGAACUGAUGGUUGGCCUUGUGUCAGCGCAAAUGGGUCAAGGCCGUAUCUUCCACUCAGUGGUGGUUGGCAGUAUCCUGUGCUAUUCUCUGCUGGUGCUUGGUAGCUGUUUCUUGAUUUCUGGUUACGACAAGGAACAUCUACACUUCGAUCGCAACUUGACUAGCAUCAUGUCAUCGUUGAUGAUGAUGGUAUGCAUCUCCUUGGUGCUUCCCGGCGUGAUGGUCACAUUUCCCUCGUUGGAUACCCUCUCCAUCAAUGCCGUGGUGACUAGUCAUGAGGUACAAAUGGUUUCGUAUGGGAUCGCCCUCAUCCUGCUGGGUCUUUUUGGUGUCUUCCUUCUUUUCCAACUCAAGUCCCAUGCGGCCUUGUUUCGCAUUGCCGAGGGGGCGGCCGAGUCGCACUUGAGCGACGCCAGCAGCGAAAACCGCCCAGACGAUUAUAGAAUGCCAAUGGACCACGAACCGGUCAUGUUCACACCGCAAUCGGCUGGCGUUGCUCUUCUCAUCGCAGUGGCCUGCUUGACGGGGUGUGUUGUCCACAUUGUGAACAACGUCAAUGCUGCGUUAGAGCGGGGAACUGGCACCAGCUUCCCCAUUUUGGUCUGGGUGCCGUUGGUGGGGAACGUGUCCAAAUAUCUGACCAUUGUGGUUAUCUCGCGCCAGGGCCAUGUGGAGGUGGCCGUCCGAAACAUCUUGAACAGCAUUCUACGCCUCACCCUGUUGGUCACACCAACUCUGGUCCUCAUGGGCUGGUCCCUGGGCCAAUCGGUGACUCUGCAGAUGGACAAUUUCGAGGCGACCAUGCUGUUCCUCGCCGCCAUGGUCAUGAGCCACGUGAUUCACGAAGGCCGGGCCAACUACUUUGACGGCCUCAUGCUGUGUGGAACGUACAUCAUCACGGGAGUCGCCUUCUAUGUGUGUCCUAGCGUGAGCACCAUCAAGGACGUUGCGGUCGUAAGCACAUGA